AUGUUACUUUCGCCCGCACCGCUGCGACCACUGUUACGAAUCCCGUCUCUGCGCCGCACCUUAUUCAGUCUCCCUUCCUUUCCUUUCGGUGGUCUAGAGUCUAAACCGCAGAAUUACAAUGAACAGAAAAUAUUCCCAUACAAUGCGAAGGAGCUAUACGCUGUCGUAGCUGACGUAGCAUCAUAUCCACAAUUCAUACCCUUCUGCGUGAGCUCACGCAUUGAUCGGUCGGCACUCGAGCGGGCAAUGAAAGGAAGGACGGUCGUUGACGCGGAACUUGCUGUUGGAUUUUUGAAUUUUAAGGAGAGCUAUGUCAGCGAAGUUACAUGCGUUCCUUUUGAGUCGGUGCAGGCUCGCGCAUCUUCGUCAACGCCGCUGUUCAAAUCGCUUUUGACAACCUGGCGGUUCCAAAACCCAACUUCCAAGCUCUGCAGCGUAUCUCAGUCAAGUUCAGCGUCUGCGGAAAGCACCAGUAUAGAGAGAGAUAACUCUUCAAGCCCAACCCUCGUCACUUUCGACCUGACCUACGAAUUUGCAAAUCCUCUCCAUGCUGGUGUAUCCGCGACAUUUUUUGGACAAGUGUCGAAGAUGAUGAUCCAGGCUUUUGAGGACCGUUGUGUGGAAGUCUACGGACGAAGAAAUUCGAGUUAG